AUGCUUACGCUUCCAUUACGCGCUGAAACCCAUUCUGAACGACGCAUUUCGGCCUAUCAGUUACGACCAAUCGAUUCCGGAGAUGAUGAAACCUCAUCAUCAGGAAAAGAAGACAGCUCGCCCGAGUCUCCACAUCCACAACGCCAGCCCGGCGCACCACAGUAUGGCCAAUAUUUGGCCAUCAACGGGCAGGCACCCCAUCAGGGACGCGCACGCACCAAGAAACCGCGCAGUAAAUCUUUACAACCACAUUCAAAUCUUGUACCCUGGCGCAAAUCAUCUCGCCCUAGACGUGGUCGUUCCCUAGACAAGCAACCCUUCUUUCCCGGUUACAAACCAGAACCAAUCAAAUCAUGGACUGAAGAAACUAUAAGUCUGAAACCAACACCAAUUGAAAAGAAAGUCAUUCCAAAGUUGGAGGCAGCUAAAGUUGAGCUCAAAUCCAUCAAGGAUCAGCGCAAUCAGGGUUUGAUGAGUAUUGGUGCUACACUCGACAAGAUCAUCGCUGGUAAGAGUGAAAAGGAAGCCAUUCCUUGGGUGGUGAUGCGUGAGAAAUUGAAACAUGUCGAAAGCGUACAAAAGCAAUUGGACAAAUUCGAUUUGGAUGAAGUUUACCUACGACCAAUCGAUCAGCCGAUAAUCAUAGACAAACAAACGCCGCAACAGGCGCAACAAGAGCAAAUCGAACGGACUAAAGAAAUUCAGAGACUGCGUAGCAUUGAAAGUUUGGAAAUUACUGAGAUGACAGAGCAAAUCGAAAAACUAAUAACCAAGCAUCAAAAGGAAGACACCAUUCCAUGGAAGGAAAUGCGUCAGCAUCUGAAGAGUGUUCAGCGUGUGCACAACCAAAUCGAGAAAUUCAAAAUUGAAGAAGUGGAGCUGCGUCAUUUAGAGGCGCAAACCACAACUACACAGAAAGUGAGCAGCGCAACACAAGACACAGUCUAUAUGACUGUGGAUGAGAGCUCAAAGGGAUCCAUACAGAAGGUGCUGCGCAAAGAAGACAUCCAGCAGUAUGGUGAGGACGUCACCGAUCUGCAUAAGCAACAGUACAUCAUAAGUGAAGACAUUAACAUGCUGAGUGUUGCUGAGCGUGAGCGGCUUGAAGCUCAACGCAUCAUACAACAGCAGCAGCCUGUAAACUGGCGCCAGGGACAACCGAGGCCAAAACUACAACCAUUAACAUCGAGAGAGGAUACUUCCAUACUGAAGACGGGCGCAACAACUCAAGAGCAGUUCACACAAAGCUUGCAACAGCAAAAGUACACCAGCGUUGAAGACACGAAAAUGAUGAGUAUUCAAGAGCACGAGCACCUUCAAAUGAUGAAACGUACACAGGAUGAAAAAACUGUGGAUUGGCGCCAACAGAGGCAAACACAAGAAUUCCAGCAAGUAGAAGAUUCGACCAGACUAGCCAUUCAAGAGCGGCAAGAUACUGAAGAACAGCAAUUCACACAACCACAACCAACUAUGUGGGAUCGUGGCAGUAAGAAGCCGCUGCCUCAACAAGCACAGCCUCGACCGCAACAACCCGCUGCACAAUAUCCAGAGCAGCCUAAGACAUACGAGGAAGCAGUUGAUGUGUUGCCGGAGCAACCUGCGCCUGUGCUACCAACAGACGAGCCUACACCAGUUAUGUGGGAACGCGGUAGAAAGAAGGUAACUACUCAGCACCAGCAAAUGAACGGUACUCAGCAAAUGUCAGAGGUGGCCGAACAGCAAUUUAUUGAUCAACAGCAAAUUAUUGAGCAACAACAAUUUGUUCAAGAAACCAAGAAACCUACCGUACGCAAAACAAUUGCACCGCGUGAGCCUGAACAAAAGAUGGAACAAGUUGUACUGAAGCCUACACCUCGACCACGUCCCAAAUUACCAGAAAAGACUGAAGAAAUCCAAAUUCAAACACUGAAACGCACACAGGCUACACAUACUGUCGAAGAACAGCCAACGCGCGGCUUUGAAGAAGCUGUGGAUACACUCGAGGAAGUGGAAAGACCACAACAACCUGAGGCACCACAGCCAGUUAUGUGGGAACGGGGAAAGAAAAAGCCUAUUAAAGCAGAUGAAGUAACUGCUGAUCAACCAACAAAAGCUUAUGAGGAAGCUGUAGAUGAGCUGCCAGAGCAGGCUGCCCCUCAACAGCCAGAACAACCUCAGCCCGUAUUGUGGGAUCGUGAGUAUAUUAAAAAAUUAACGCAACCAGAAAUAUUCGAGAUUGUUAAUGAUAUAGUCUGGGAUGCCGCACAUAAAAACUUUAAAACUCAAGUAAAAUGUUUACGUUAA